UCUCUUACCAAUCUCUCUCGUAAAGGCUCUGAAAAAAAUAAAUAAGUAAAAUCCCUUUUUCUCCUCUCUUCGUUGUUCUUUUUGUGGCAGUUCUAAACCUGUUCUAGCUAGGCGAAUAUAUAUUAAGUUCGAUCCUCGACGAGCUAACCACUGUAUCAUUUUGAAAGAAUGACUUGUUCUGGCCGGUUUCACUCACUUCCCUGCCUUUCAUCUGUUUCCUCAGCUUACUGCUAAACUAAGCCUCAGCUUCUGAUGGGUGGUGACGAAGAUAGAUGGGGAGUGGUACCACCAACAUUGGCUCCGCUAAACGGAGAGAGAGAGGAGCAAUGGAGGCACUUGUACAACUCAGUGAAUGCUGUAUCUUUUGGGCUCGUCGCCACUGCCAUUCUCAUAUCAAUGUUCCUUGUUAUGGCUAUCUAUGAGAGGUUUCUGAGGGCCAGAUCAACAUCUUCCGCCGAAAGGCCACGUACGGAUCUCGAGGCCGCCCAGAUGGUUUUCCAUGGAAAGCUUGAUUACCCUUCUCCCAAAAUGACAGUAUAUGAGAAAGGUGUAUCAGUUUUGAUGCCUGGCGAGGAAAUGCCCACCUUCAUUGCACACCCUGCUCCGGCACCACGUCCUCCUGAGCGCAUCCCACUGUCUCUUCAUCAACACAAGCCAUCCUUCGGUUCCUCCCCAGACUCAUUAUCAAGCUUAGAUCACAAUGAGACAUGAAAUAAGACAACCAACAAGAACAUCGGGGAUUUUCAUAAUACUCGAAUCAAGUUCACGUACAUUCCUGUGAAAAUUCUGAAUCUGCAGCACUGUUGGCUAAAACCUCAAUCACUUAAUGGACGGCUGGGAUAAACCCAAUUUCAUCAUACGGUAACCAUUUAGAUUACGCAAACCAGGCUUUGCUUCUGUAAACCAUGUUGUAUAAACAAAACCUUACUUCCCAAUUAUCUCCUAAUAAAUAUAUGGCUUUGCUCCAUAUCUUUUC